UGAUUCAUUCCAGAAAAUUCUGUCAUUACAUUUCCUCACUAUUCUGUCAACAGUGAUCGAACUCAUUUACGUAAUUCAGCAAAUUCGAGCUGAAGAUUUCAAUUAAUUGUUUGUUUUUGUGAAGAAUAUAGAAAUCAGUAAAAAUGCCUAGACGUGGACGAUCAGCACCCGCACCAAGGGCGGCUCCUGCUGCACCUAUGAGAUAUCAACAAAGAGCUCCAGCUCCUGUACCACAACAGCCAACUCAAGUAGCCCCACAAGCUGCUGCAGCAGCUCCCCAACAACCUGGGCUUUUCGCUCAAAUGGCAGCUACAGCCGGAGGUGUUGCUGUUGGAUCAGCCAUUGGUCACACUGUUGGACAUGCAGUUACUGGAAUGUUCAGUGGUGGCGGAUCUGAAACUGCCGCAGCUCCGGCUCCUCAACAGGCAGCCCCAGUUCAGCAAGGACAUGCGACUAAUGUAGAUGAAAAUGGACCUUGUGGGUGGGAAAUUAAACAAUUCUUGCAGUGUGCUUCAACUCAGUCUGAUUUGACCUUAUGCCAAGGAUUCCAAGAGGCUAUGCAACAAUGCAAAGUUAGAUUCAAUGUUGCCUAGGUUUUUAGAAGGAGUUAGAAAUGAAUUCUAGUGAAUGAUGGUACCUCAAAUGUUCCAGUUUUAUCAAUAAACUCUCUAGUUAUGCAAUUGUUGUAUAUUGUUAUUAUUUUACACCUUUCUUGAUCUAUUAUUGAUCAACUGUAUAUUUAUCUUUUAGUUGAGUAAAUCUAUACAUUA